AACACUCUAUCAAGGUAGGAAGAAGACAAAUAGGUUCCAUUUUGGCCAAAAAUGUGGCCCCAUGGUGGUGUUUAGAGUUUUCAAGGCCAAGAAUCGACCAAGGAAAAAAUCUGAAGCUAUUAUGAGAUGUAUCUAGAUAUGCAUGGGACUAGAACCUCGGAAACAAAGGGCAACAAACCAUCUUUCAUGGAGAGCAAGGAAGUGAAGCUUUUAGGAUUUUGGGUUAGCCCCAAUUCGCGCAGAGUUGAAUGGGUUCUGAAGGUGGAGGGCGUUGAGUAUGAGUACAUAGAAGAAGACAUCUACAACAAAAGCAAUCUUCUCCUUGAACUCAACCCUGUGCAUAAGAAGGUGCCAGUUCUUGUUCAUGAUGGGAAGAUCCUCACCAAAGGGCUUUCGACAUAUUUUGGGCUAAAUUUUGUGAAGAGCAGUUAUAGGUUUUUGGAAACUGCAUGGUAUGCUAUGUGCACCAAAGGAGAGGAAAAGCAAAAGGGUCUAGAACUAUGUAAAGAAGCCUUAGAAAAGAUGGAAGAGGAAGUAUUCAAAGGGAAGCACAUCCUUGGAGGCGAUGGGAGGAGCAACCUUGGCUACCUAGACAUUGCAGUGGGAUGGAUCCCUCACUGGAUGCCUGUUUUUGAGGAAGUUGGUUCAAUGCAAAUUCUAGACCCUCUGCAAUUCCCGGCUACUCCCGCAUGGAUCAACAGGUUUCUCAACCACACGAUGAUCAAAGACAACCUGCCACCAAGGGAGAAGAUGCUUGUUUAUUUUCACAAGAGAAGCCAAGAAUUUUAUAACAAAAUGAGAGAAGCCAGGAGGUGAGUUUCAGAGCUCACGGGGAAUAUAUAUACUGACUGCACUCCAGCAGGCAAACUACCAAUACAACGAGGAGAUUUGAGCCUAAAUCCAGUCCAACAUGUAUUUCAAGCAUUGAAUCAAAGCCUUAUUGCCAUUGGGAUAAUAUUCUAGUUGUUUACUUUUGGUAAUUAAGCUACAUUUGAUUA